GUUUCGACGUAUAUUUAAACAGUUCUCGUCGAGGUUCUGCGUGAUUAACAAUGUCGAGAGAGUUUUAAACGAAAUCAAAGCAUACUUAAACUUUCUUCUUGAAUGUAUCGACGAUUUUGAAAAUGAUUUAAGUAGUUUUUGAAUUAUUUUAAAGACAAAUUUGAGUGUAUUUCAAGCCGAAUAGUUGUGGUUUAAAAAUGUUAUUGCUGUGGUUGUUGUUAAUUAAAUAUGUGAUUUCGGUAGAAAGUAUGCAUUUAAAUUUAUACGAAAGUCCGUGCCCGGAAAUUUUCGAGUACUUCCAAGAUAAUCGCGGUGAAUUAUCUGGAAAAAUUUUGGUUAGAAGUACUAACGAACCGGAAAUAACGUUAAAAGUCGAGUUGAGUGUUGGAAACUCGGUUCAAGGAUACAAUGGCAAAAUCAUCUUGGAUUAUUCAAAAGAAAAAAUAAUAAAUGAUAUUUUAAGUUCGAGACCAUUACUUUACAAAGUGGAAUUUCCAGUUUGGAGACGAUUUCCACCGAGAAUAACGAAGAUUUUAUUAAAUGGACGUUUAAUUUGUUCGGGACAACCUUUAAAUAUUAAGGCUGUUCCUGUUUUAACAACAAUCACACUCCAACACGUACUAAAAAUCAACGUGACGUCUGGUUUAUUUCCACUUAACCCCUCGGUUGUAUCGUCGCCAACAUCAAAUAAUUUCGAUUUUUAUAAUAAUCCGGGUGGAAAUCCACAAUUUGUUACAGAAAAUGUUGAUAACUCGCCGCGAAUUGAUUACUUUAAUGAAAAUGGCCCGAAAAAAGACUAUCCAAAUAAUCCAUUCUUCUAUUUAACAACAACUAGUACAAAUGGUUACGCCGAUCAAAAUCCACCCAAAGAUUUAAAUUUGAAUCAAAUUAUUACGUUUACGGCACCGACCACUACCGAAAUUCCUCAAAGAAGCACUGAAAAUAAUAAUAAUAAUAAUAAUUUUAACGUCGAUAUACGAACAGAUGACAUCGCGGAUGUUUGCGGAAAAUCUUUGGCGACGAAUUAUUUAAUUUCUUAUGGACAUCCAAUCGAAAGAGGACAUCAUCCGUGGUUAGCUGCUUUAUAUGUUAUUCAAAAUCUUGGAUUAGUUUUUAUUUGUGGUGGAAAUUUGAUUUCAAACAAACACGUUUUAACAGCCGCCCAUUGUCUUCGUAGAAACGGCAGAAAUAUUCGAACGGAUGACCUCUUGGUAAUAUUGGGUAAACACAACAUCCAACAAUGGGUCGAUAAUGAAUCUUUAAUGGUCUACGCCGAACAGAUAACCAUUCAUAAAGAUUACAGAGAGCUUUUUGCCGAUGCCGAUAUUGGAAUGAUAACAUUAACCAAAAAAAUCGAAUUUAAAACUUUUAUAAGACCGAUUUGUUUAUGGAGCGAAGAAAGUAAUUUAAAUCGAAUUGUUGGUCAAAUGGGUAUCGUUGCUGGUUGGGGGAAAGAUGAAAACGGUGUUCAAACCUCGGCUGAGGCUAAACAAGUCGUUUUACCUAUUGUUGAUUCCGAGGUGUGCCGAAAAAGUCAAGAAACUUUACAAGAAGUUGUAACGGAAAGAACGUUUUGUGCAGGUUUCCGAAAUGGAUCAGGUCCUUGUAACGGUGACAGCGGUGGAGGUUUCAUAAUGCAAAGAGGUGGACGAUGGACUUUAAGAGGAUUAGUUUCCUUAUCACUGUUUGAUACGUCAAAAGUAUGCGAUCUAAGCCAAUAUUUAGUGUUUACGGAUGUUAGCCAAUUUACCGACUGGAUAAAAUCAUUUUUAAAAUAAAUGUGAUAUUUUUUUAUUUAUUUUUGAAAA